CGCGCAGGCGCGGGGAUCCCUUUCCUCAGCUGCCGCCAAGGUGCUCGGUUCUUCCGAGGAAGCUAAGGCCGCGUUGGGGUGAGACCCUCACUUCAUCCGGCGACUAGCACCGCGCCGGCAGUCCGCAGCAUGGCCUCCGUGUCCGAGCUCGCUUGCAUCUACUCCGCCCUCAUCCUGCACGACGACGAGGUCACCGUGACGGAGGAUAAGAUCAAUGCCCUCAUUAAAGCAGCUGGCGUCAAUGUUGAACCUUUUUGGCCUGGCUUGUUUGCAAAGGCCCUGGCCAAUGUCAACAUUGGAAGCCUCAUCUGCAAUGUAGGGGCUGGUGGACCUGCCCCGGCAGCUGGUGCUGCUCCAGCAGGUGGUCCUGCUCCUUCUGCUGCCGCUGCCCCAGCUGAGGAAAAGAAAGUAGAAGCAAAGAAAGAAGAAUCAGAGGAAUCUGAUGAUGACAUGGGCUUCGGUCUUUUUGACUAACCCUUUUAACAUGCUCAAUAAAAAGCUGGACCUUUUGGUCUGUUGG